AGAGCUUGCUCUCGCAGGCCCGAUUGAGGGUAUCAAGCACGCCGUAGGGCACCCGGCGAAGAAACAACCAUGGCUGGUGUGGUGCGUUCUGUGAAAAGCGUAACCAGAGUUUUGAGCGCUUGCCGACUGCUUCCACGAAUCGCGUACCCUGCUCGAGCGGCGUCGUAUUACGUGCGCAAAGAUCGGCAUGCGGUCAUCACGACUUAUGUCUCCGAACGGAGGGCCAGUGUGUUGGCAACGGCAAGCAGAGAGCUCCUCCUCUUCCUCCUCCUCUACGCAGUGGCAGGGCCACCAACUUGACAGAGCACUUCAACGCAUCGACAACGAGGUGCGCCGCACUGGCCGGGUGACACGCAAGGACUUGGAUGAUGUGCUGGCGCAGGCAGCUGCCAUCGGACGUCUCUCGGGUCCUCAGGGCCUGCUCCUGGUGCGCAUGUGCGGUGCCUUCCUGCGUGAGGAACCCCCGUCCGAGCGCCGGGAACUGGCUCGGGCAGUCUGGGAGAAGCUGCAGUCCCUCGGCUGCCCGUUGGACGCCAGCCACUACAACGCCCUGCUGCAGGUGUACCUCGAGAACGAGUUCUCCUUCUGCCCGUCCACUUUCCUGGCCACAAUGGAGGCCGCCUCCGUUCAACCCAACAGGGUGACAUUCCAGCGGCUGAUCCAUCGCUACUGCCAGCAGGGAGACAUUGCCGGCGCCAGCAAAAUACUGGAGCACAUGAAGAGCCAAGACAUGGCGAUCAACGAACGAGUCUUCAACUCGCUGGUCCUGGGCCACUGCCGUGCAGGGGACACCGACAAUGCCUGGAAUGUUCUGGAAGUGAUGAGGAAUGCCCAGCUGGAGCCCACCGCAGACACAUUCCACGCGCUGCUUGUUGGCUGUGCCGAGCGAGGUGACCAGGCGGGACUGGAGAGGGCGUUCCGCGAGGCUGAUCGGGUUGACACCUUCCUGCCGGACGAGCUGCUGCUGGACGUAGUGCGCGUUCUGGCCUGCGCAGGUCACCACGGCAUGAUCGACAUGUUGCUGGAGAAGACUCGGCGCCUGGCGGGCUACACCCAGGACUGUAUUAACGCGUGCCUGCAGCUACUGGCGCAGGGCCAGGACGAGGUCGCCUACCGCCUGCUCCUCACCAUGGAUUCGCCGCGCAACGAGUUUCACGGAAACUUUUUCGUCAGCCAGAUGGUCCGGCGAGGUCUGCCCCUCGAGCGUAUUCUUCACUACUGCAAGGACCUGCAGACUCGUGGCCUUAACAGCCGUGCACUGAUGCGCUGUGCCGAAGUGGCCCUCUCCAACCACCGCACUGAACUGGCCCUGCCGCUGCUUCGAGAGAUGCACCAGCAGGGGAUGCCGCUGCGGACACACUACUUCUACCCGUUGGUUCUGGCUCAAGGGAACAACGAGCAGGGCGUCUAUAAUGUCCUCAAGUCCAUGCUGGAGCUCGGAGUGGACGUCAACUUUGAUCUGCUGGCCGAGUACGUCUUCCCUGCUGUCAACACCGAGGACACUGCCACCGUGGUGGAGAAACUAAAGGGCCUGGGACUAAGCGUGUCUUCCAUCGUGAAUCCACUGGUCCUGUACCACCUCCAGACGCACAACUUGGAUAAGGCCCUUGCUGUCGCGGAGCAGUAUCCGGGUGAACCUGGUGGCAUCGGUGCUGGUGCCAUCUCUGACCAACUGCUAUCGGGAAACUCGCAAGGCUGUGCCCGCAGUCAAGCUGUUGUCCUCGAUACUGCAAGGCCCGGAGUCUACUGCCACUGGAACAAGUCGCACAGACUGGGCUGGAAAGUUCUUGAGCGAGUGUCUGGUGGAGCCAGCCCGCUGACAAGGUGCACAUCUCUCGCUCCGCAGCAGACACUGCUGAGGACACGCCACGGAAAAUCUCUGGGCGGUUCCAUCCUCGAUAUGCUGGACCAGAUAUCGGCGGAGAAACUGGACGAGUUCAGCGACUCUAGGCUACCUUCACAGAAUGACAUGGGCAUUGAGGAGUUGGAGGCCCAUCUGUUGGAGUUGCAGAGCAAAGGCAUGAACACCAGGGGUGCCCUUCGCCGGCUCCUACUGCUCCACUGCCGCUUCAGGCACGUAGAGCGGGCCCUGUCGGUGGCUGAGCAGCUACGCCAGGACAACUGCACCUUCACGGGUGCCAUGCACGCCCAGCUGCUCGAUCUGUUUGUGUCCAUUGGCGAUCUGGAGCGGGCGCGGGACCACCUGGAGCAGGUGUGGGAGGUGGACCCGUCGUUCCGACUGGACAACCACAAGCUGCUUGGCCUCGCCGCCCUCGAGGCCAGCCGAGGACACACCGACGAGGCCCUGCGCCUGCUGGAGAAUGACAAAGGACGCAGUAACGACGGUGACCGCCAGGGACAGCAGGCCGGUCUCGACCGCAUAGCCGCACGCCUGCUCACGGCCCUGGCGGACCAGGGCGGUCCAGUGGAGCGUGCCCUGAAGCUGCUGCUGGAGCGAUGCUGGGUGACUCCGUCAUCCACCCUGCUGGCGCCACUGGUGCGGGCGCACCUGGUGAAGGAGGACGUGCCGGGGGCCCUGAAGGCUUUUGAAGAGUGUGCCCGCCAGUACCGGCUGACGCCCCUCAAAGGGGAACUGUCGCGGCAGCUCAUCAACCAGGGACGCUCAGAGGAGCUGCAGAAAGUGGUGGACAUCAGCACCGAGGUGCACGGCGAGGCCAACACCCUGUUCGACCUGACCGCCUAUUUCCUCGAGUGCGGCCACGUACGCCAGGCGCAGAAAAUUCUCGAGACUCCCGGACUGCGUGCAAGGCAUCAGCGGCUCAGCGAGAUCUGCGAGAACUUUUUGAGGCGUGGCAUGGUGACGCAGCUGGAGCAGCUCGUUGCAAUCACGAGGAACCUCUUCGACGUCAACAGAGACAGCUUGUACCAGUCCCUGUUCAGGGCAUAUGAUGCAGCAGGGGACGCCGAUCGCGGCCUGGACGCCUGGGCCCAAAUGCAGGAGGAGAAUGUGCAGCCCAGCGCAAGCACGCUGCGACUGCUGGCCGCCCUGCUGCAGCGCCUCGGCCGUCCCGUCCCCUUCACGGUGCCUGCUGUGGAGGAGGGUGCGAAGCGGGACAGCUUUGGCACCCUCCUUACCUCGGACCUCGAUGCAGCGUUGGACCUCUGGCACAGGGAUGAAGUGUCCGGCAUGCAGAAGGGCUCCCAGCUGUUGCAGGCGCUGGGCCGGCAGGGUCGCACGCGGGAAGCCCUCCGGAUUCUGGAUCAGCUUACGGCGUCUGGCCAGCUGAAUUCUGUCUCAGCCCAAGCCCUGCGGCCCCUCGUCCAGCAGCUGGCAUCCCUGGGCGAGGUGGAGUCCCUGGUCAAGCUGCGCCCGCAGCUGCCCGAACGCCUUCUGCGGCAGCUGUCCUUCGACAACCAUAUCUGCAACGCUUACGUGCACAGCGGACGAGCAGCUGACCUGCUGUCCGAGCUAGAGAGCGCACCGGGCGAGUGGGCCGCCGUGGGACGCUGCCCGUUUGGUGGUCUCGUCGGUCUGCUCGCCCGUCACCCAGAGUUGGCCGACCGGGUGGAGGCAUUGGGGCGCACCUACGGCCCAGAGCACGACUGCUGGGCGCCCCUGAACUCUCUGUGGGCACACAGAGCACUUCAGCAGGACUAUGCGGGGGCCGACCAACUGCUCAAGGAGUUCCCGCAGCUGGGUCCGCAGCUUCUGUUCAUCCCGGUCAUGAACGAGUCCAGGGAGAAAGUCGAUGAACGCAUGGCCCAGUACCUGGUAGAUGUGGUGGCAACGCACUGUACCAACCCAAAGAUGCAGACCCUGGCACGCAGCAACUUGAUCCGUGUCCUUGCAUUGCAGGGUAGCCUGGACAAAGCCCUGCAGGUGGUGCAGUCAACGGACGAGGCCAGCGUGUCCCCGUGGGCGUUGGCCGAUACUGAGGGAUUCCUUGGUGGCCGCCUGGUAGGCCUGUGCCAUUCCAGGUGCCUCAGCGUGGGCAGCAGGAGGAGCUGCAGCUGGAGCAAGCACAACAUUAGGAUGUACCCCGUUCCCGGACCAUUAUGUAAAUAGAUCUAGUCGAUUAAAACAUUGUUCACUUAAAA